GGACUGUUGAUUUGGAAAGCAUCACAAACCUGGUCAUACAGCCUGGCUGGUCUGCUUUCUGCUUUAUUUAUCUGUUACUAGUUAUUUAAAUUGAACUUUUAAUAACCUGCCAGCUGCUCUUCAGACACACAUGGUGCAUUGUUGCCAUUCCCAGAAUCACAUCUUUGAAAUCCAGGCCCCUGGUAACCUUCGUCAAACAAAGAGGCGACCUCGAGGAUACAUCUACAGGAGGACUUUUCAGACCUGCUGCCCUCUAGCUUCUCUUUUGCCCGGGCUCUAUUUCUAGAACAUUAUGGAACCCACAAUGGAGUCCUGCUUGAUGCAGGUCCUGCAGAAAGAUGUUGGGAAGCGACUUCAGGUUGGCCAAGAACUGAUAGAUUAUUUCACAGAUAAACAGAAGUCUGCUGAUCUUGAACAUGAUCAGACCAUGCUGGAUAAAAUGGUUGAUGGUCUUGCUACCUCGUGGGUCAAUUCCAGCAAUUAUAAGGUUGUCCUGCUGGGCUUGGACAUCUUAUCUGCACUGGUGUCACGGCUCCAAGAUAGAUUUAAAGCUCAAAUUGGCACAGUGUUACCUAGUCUAAUUGACAGACUGGGAGAUUCAAAAGACUCUGUACGAGAGCAGGAUCAGACCCUGCUGUUAAAAAUCAUGGAGCAAGCUGCUAACCCCCAGUACGUGUGGGACAGAAUUUUGGGAGGAUUCAAACACAAGAAUUUCCGGACAAGAGAAGGAAUUUGCCUCUGCCUUAUUGCAACUCUUAAUGCAUCUGGAGCUCAGAGUUUAACCUUGAGCAAGAUUGUGCCCCAUAUAUGUAACUUACUUGGUGAUCCAAACAGCCAGGUUCGUGAUGCAGCAAUAAAUAGUCUUGUAGAAAUCUACAGACAUGUAGGUGAACGUGUAAGAGCUGAUCUCAGCAAAAAGGGAUUGCCACAGUCUCGGCUGAACAUCAUUUUUACAAAAUUUGAUGAAGUCCAGAAAUCAGGCACCAUGAUCCAGGGAUCUGGUGAUAAAAAUUUUGAUGAUGAUGACUCUGUGGACGGGAACCGACCAUCCUCAGCCAGUUCCUCAGCCUCUUCAAAGGCUCCCUCAACCUCUCGAAAAGGAGGGGUGGGCACUGCUCGUAGAGUAGGGGCAGUAGCAUUAGUCUCAAAGGCUCCAGCAACUAAAGAAGGAGCUGGUGCUGUUGAUGAGGAGGACUUCAUUAAAGCUUUUGAAGAUGUCCCAACGGUUCAGAUUUAUUCUAGCCGAGACUUUGAAGAAUCCAUAAACAAAAUCAGAGAAAUCCUGUCCGAUGACAAACAUGAUUGGGAGCAGAGAGUAGCUGCACUGAAAAAAAUCCGGUCUUUGUUGUUGGCUGGAGCUGCUGAGUAUGAUACCUUCUUCCAACAUCUGCGCUUGCUUGAUGGAGCCUUUAAAUUAUCUGCUAAAGACUUGAGGUCCCAGGUAGUGCGAGAAGCUUGUAUCACAUUAGGACAUUUGUCAUCGGUAUUGGGUAACAAGUUUGAUCAUGGGGCAGAAGCCAUCAUGCCAACAAUCUUUAAUCUCAUUCCCAACAGUGCCAAAGUCAUGGCCACCUCUGGUGUAGUAGCUGUUAGAUUAAUUAUUCGACAUACGCACAUCCCUCGACUAAUUCCCAUCAUCACCAGUAACUGUACUUCCAAAUCAGUUGCAGUUAGAAGGAGGUGUUUUGAAUUUUUAGAUUUACUUUUGCAGGAGUGGCAGACACACUCCCUGGAAAGGCAUGUAUCAGUAUUGGCUGAAACAAUCAAGAAAGGAAUCCAUGAUGCUGACUCCGAAGCACGGAUAAAAGCCAGAAAGUGUUACUGGGGCUUCCACAGCCAUUUUAGCCGAGAAGCAGAACAUUUGUUUAAUUCACUGGAAUCCUCAUACCAGAAAGCCCUGCAGUCUCACUUGAAGAAUUCUGAUAGCAUAGUGUCUUUGCCUCAGUCUGAUCGCUCCUCUUCUAGUUCCCAGGAGAGUCUCAACCGUCCACUGUCUGCCAAAAGAAGCCCAACCGGAAGCACUACUUCACGAGCUUCUGCAGUUAGUGCAAAAUCUGUGACAACAGGGUCUCUCCAGCGUUCUCGCAGUGACAUUGAUGUGAAUGCAGCAGCCAGUGCCAAAUCCAAAGUGACAUCUUCUGGCUCGGAUUCCCCCUUCAGUUCUGCUGCAGCCCUGCCUCCAGGCUCAUAUGCAUCUCUUGGUCGAAUUCGCACAAGGAGGCAAAGCUCUGGAAGCGCCAGUAGUAUCACUUCAACACCUGCUGACACUCGAGGCCGCAGUCGGGCUAAAGUAGUUUCACAGUCCCAGCGAUCCAGAUCAGCUAACCCUGCAGGUGCUGGUAGUCGAUCCAGCUCUCCUGGCAAGUUGUUGGGAAGUGCAUAUGGUGGACUUAACAGUGGAACAACCAGAGGACACCCCGUGCCAACAUCAUCCUCAUCUGCUGACAAACGCAGUAAAGUCCCUCGAAGCCAGGGCUGCAGCCGAGAGACCAGCCCCAGCAGGGUAGCUCUAGCACGGAGCAGCCGUAUCCCCCGACCCAGCGUGAGUCAGGGGUGCAGCCGCGAUACCAGCCGUGAGAGCAGUCGAGAUACAAGCCCUGCUCGGGGCUUUCCUCCACUUGCCUCUCGACGUCAUUCCAGGUCCACUAGUGCUCUCUCCACUGCUGAUUCUGUUGGGCAGUCAGACCGGUUUGGGCUUGGCCAGCCAGGCAGGUUGCCUGCCUCUAUGAAUGCAAUGCGAGUUCUCAGCACAAGCACAGAUCUGGAGACGGCUGUGGCAGAUGCAUUGCUCUUAGGAGACUCCAGAAGCAAGAAGAAACCAGUGAGAAGAAGGUACGAACCAUAUGGGAUGUAUUCUGAUGAUGAUGCAAACAGUGAUGCAUCAAGUGCUUGCUCAGAGCGAUCCUAUGGUUCCCGCAAUGGAGGAAUCCCACACUACCUGCGACAAACAGAAGAUGUAGCUGAGGUCUUAAACCACUGUGCUAGUUCCAACUGGUCUGAAAGGAAAGAGGGGCUCAUUGGCUUGCAAAACUUAUUGAAGAGCCAGAGGACAUUAAGCCGAGUUGAAUUGAAAAGGCUAUGUGAAAUCUUCACACGUAUGUUUGCAGACCCCCACAGCAAGAGAGUUUUCAGCAUGUUUCUUGAAACCUUGGUAGACUUCAUCAUUAUUCACAAGGAUGAUUUGCAGGACUGGCUGUUUGUUCUUCUGACACAGCUACUCAAGAAGAUGGGUGCUGACCUGCUGGGAUCAGUGCAGGCAAAAGUGCAAAAAGCUCUGGAUGUAACAAGGGAUUCUUUUCCAUUUGAUCAACAAUUUAAUAUUUUAAUGAGAUUUAUCGUAGAUCAGACCCAAACACCAAACCUGAAGGUAAAAGUGGCAAUAUUGAAAUACAUUGAAUCCUUGGCUAGACAGAUGGAUCCUACAGAUUUUGUAAACUCCAGUGAGGCAAAACUUGCAGUUUCUAGGAUUAUUACCUGGACAACAGAACCAAAGAGCUCAGAUGUGAGAAAGGCAGCACAAAUAGUCCUGAUCUCUCUGUUCGAACUCAACACUCCCGAGUUUACCAUGUUACUUGGUGCCUUGCCGAAAACAUUCCAGGAUGGUGCUACCAGACUCUUACAUAACCACCUCAAGAACUCCAGCAACACUAGCAUGGGUUCCCCUAGCAAUACUGUUGGCCGAACCCCUUCACGUCAUCCUAGCAGCAGAACCAGCCCCUUAACUUCACCUACCAAUUGUUCUCAUGGAGGAUUAUCACCCAGUCGUUUCUGGGGUUGGAGUGCAGAUGGGCUGUCGAAGCACCCCCCUCCCCUUUUUCAGCCUAACUCCAUCCCCGCCGCUCCUUCUCACAAGACUUUCAGGCGCUCUUACUCUCCCAGCAUGCUGGAUUAUGACACGGAGAACCUAAAUUCUGAUGAAAUUUAUAGCUCUCUUCGUGGAGUCACUGAAGCAAUUGAAAAGUUUAGUUUUCGUAGCCAAGAAGAUCUAAAUGAGCCAAUCAAACGUGAUGGAAAGAAGGACAGUGACAUUGUUUCUAGAGAUGAUGGUAUAGCCUCACCAGCUACUGAUAUGCGUGGAAGCAGUGAUGUUGUGGAAGGAGGAAGGAUGGCCCUAGAUAACAAGACUUCCCUACUUAACACCCAGCCCCCACGUGCCUUUUCUGGACCUCGAGCUCGAGAGUACAACCCCUACCCAUACUCUGAUACUAUCAGCGCCUAUGAUAAGACUGCGCUUAAGGAAGCCGUGUUUGAUGAUGAUAUGGAUCAGCUUCGGGAUGUGCCCAUUGAUCAUUCUGACUUGGUGGCUGAUCUUUUAAAAGAAUUAUCCAAUCAUAAUGAGCGGGUAGAAGAACGGAAAGGAGCCCUUCUUGAAUUAUUGAAGAUUACAAGGGAAGAUAAUCUGGGAGUUUGGGAGGAACAUUUUAAGACCAUUUUGCUUUUAUUACUUGAAACGCUUGGAGACAAAGAUCAUUCAAUACGAGCCUUGGCACUAAGAGUUUUGCGAGAAAUUCUGAGGAACCAACCUGCAAGAUUUAAGAACUAUGCUGAGCUAACUAUCAUGAAGACCCUAGAAGCGCAUAAAGAUUCUCAUAAAGAGGUUGUGAGAGCUGCUGAGGAAGCAGCUUCCACCCUGGCCAGCUCCAUCCACCCAGAACAGUGCAUCAAAGUGCUUUGUCCCAUCAUUCAAACAGCUGACUAUCCAAUUAAUCUGGCUGCUAUUAAAAUGCAAACUAAAGUCAUUGAAAGGAUCUCAAAGGAGUCACUGCAUCAGCUCUUGCAAGACAUCAUCCCUGGAUUGUUGCAGGGUUAUGACAACACCGAAAGCAGUGUUCGCAAAGCCAGUGUAUUUUGCCUCGUGGCCGUCUAUUCAGUGAUUGGUGAAGAACUGAAGCCUCAUCUUGCACAGCUGACUGGGAGCAAGAUGAAGCUCCUGAAUUUGUACAUAAAGAGAGCCCAGACAACCAACAGCAACAGCAGCUCAUCUUCAGAUGUUUCUACACACAGUUAAUGGAGAUCUUUGGACAUAUGUGUAGUCCUAGACACAAUCAGCUGUGCCUCUCAGAAACCCUUCCUUCAUCAGCAUGCUCCAUCCACUGAUGGAGGCCAUGCAAAUAUUUAUUGCAAUCAGUAUUUUUAGUCCUUUUAAAGCUUUUUAUUGUAGGAGAUUCUUGGAAUGGAAUGUAAGGGAAGCAAGGCCUGGAUUGCAGUUUUCAUUAAAAAGAAGGCAAUGCUGUACUACGGUUAAAUACACUGCAGUUACAUACCGUCUCUGCUGCGAUCUGAAGUAGUCCCAAAGCUACACAACAUGUUGGUGUUUUAUCAGACAGAUUUCUUUGAUGUUGAUGAAGAGCUUGAAUUUACAUUAGACUAUAUUUGUAUUAUAGUCACUUUUAACUAGUUAUUCUGGUUUCCCCAAUUUCUCAAGCAUUGUUUUAGAACUGAGCUUAAAAGUUGGAAUGGUCUGCCGUUUUUUCAGACAAAAUCUAUACAGAUUAUAAAAUCAAGCCCUUCAACUAGUUU